AUCUUGUAACACAAAUUUGGCAGGUCCAAAUAAAAAAAGUUAAAAUGAUACCAACGAUUAAAAUAACCUGCGAUGAUCAAGCAACGCCUAAAACUACUAUCCCACAAUCUACAAAAAAGCCACAUUUGAAAGGCAGAGGAUUCGUUAACAAUAUGCCGACCCAGAGGAGACGUACAACGCCUUCACUUGAUGAAAUAACGAGGAGAAUUCUUCAAAAUCAGCAACAUCAAAGUCAAGCUCGUAGAAAUAUCACGACAGAAGGUAAACUUAUGAUUAACAAGUUAGGCAAGCGCGUAGCAGCCGUACAUUAAACAAAACUAAAACUGGUUUUUUAGUUUUUACAUUUUGUGAUUUUAUUUUGUCGUAUAUUGUACAUUGAACUUCUCGAUACAUUACAC